UCCCUCCAUUCAUCGCCAGCAGCCUCGCGCCUGAUUGGUCGCCUCGGCAGAGAAAGAGGGAGAGAGGAGGGUGAGCGGGGGAGGAGUCGGAGCAUGUGAGCAUACUGACACAUCAGAGAGAGCAAAGGACAGCAACAACACGGCAGAGAUUUUCUAGAGGAAGGAAAACGAAUCUGCUCGUCUACUUCUUCACACCUCCUGGACCUCACCCCCCACUCCCACGACUUCCUGCAGCCUUUUAUUUUUUUUGGAGGAACACUUGAGGCAGAAGGAUGCAGGAGAAGACGGGGAUGAAGAGAUGACUGGUGUUUUGUGCGCUGGGGUUGCAUGUGGAGUGUUUUGUGGGAGUCCCUGAGCUCCCGCUGGCUUUAACCAGAUGGAAUCUGGCCCGGCCGGUUGGCAUGGAGAUGGAUGCAAGGUGCCUCCUCGCUCAGUAGACCGCUGCCGCCGCCGCCGCUAGCAAACAAACGCACUCUUGUUUCCAGUCCGUGUGUCGUCGAGCGGCUCCGAGCGUGGGCAGCGUGCGUUUACAGCUUUUAUCUUCGUUUUUAACAAAACAAGUGAUUAAAGCUGAGCAGGACUCCCACAUGACACCUCCUCUGAAGGAGGUUUUUUGGUUUCCAGCCUUUUUACUGCUCGACUUCUAAUUAAGCCAGAGGGCAGCAAGCUGGUGCCUUCCCCAUUUAUGUUUUUUGCCUCCCUCCCGUCCUCUCCAUCCCAACCCCCGGGGCCCCAUUGUCGGCGUUAAUUUCUAUCGCGAGCUGCCUAUGAAUAAUGGAAGGAGCGGAGUCUCCUCUGGACUAGUGCCUUAGCGGGUGAGAGGAGGGUUGGAGAGCGGACGGACUCCAGCUAGGAGGGGUGUGUCCAGCGCUGAACGGAUGAAUGAACGAGCAGCCGACGGAGGCCGAGCUCAGGAACGACAACGAAACUGGAACAAAUCAGAGCACGACAACUCUGAAGCCUCGGAGCAGAAAGUCCCGGCGGCUUUGACCCGGAUCCUCUUUAAAGAACCAAACCGGGUUCUUGUGCAGCUUGAGAUUUAACGAAGAAACCAAUGAGAGCUUUUAAUUAUCGAGCAGGAAAAUAAACUUUUUGUGCAUCUGACAGCUGAUGGGAAGAGAAAGGAGAAGAGAGGGGAAGACGGACUUCCUAGAAAGUGCCUGAACUUUGUAGUUUUGUGAAAACCAAAAAGGAAAAGAGAGCUUGAGCACACAUGAUCAUGGAUGACUCGAGUAUUUUGAGGCGCAGAGGUCUGCAGAAGGAGCUGAGCCUUCCCAGAAGAGGCAGUUUAAUCUGGUCGCCGUCUCAGCUGCGUUGCCACGGCAACAGCAGCCUCAUCCAGCACCUGCUGUCCCCCACUUCCUUUCAUCCCUCCGUCGUUCAGCCCCACUCCUCCUUCUCCUCCUCCUCUUUCUCCUCCUCCUUCUUCCCCCCCCUCUCCUCCUCUGACGGGCCCCUCUCGGCCCCUGUUCACCAGCGAGGAAACCCCUUCCUCUGGAGCUGCCGGGCGAGUAACAGGAAGAGUCUGAUCGUGACGUCCAGCACGUCCCCCACCCUCCCACGACCGCACUCCCCCCUGCACGGACACACAGGUACCAGUCCUCUGGACAGCCCCCGCAACUUCUCCCCCAACACAGCCGCUCACUUCUCCUUCGUUCCCGCUCGCAGUCACGGACACAGGGCUGACAGGACGGAUGGAAGACGCUGGUCUCUGGCUUCGCUGCCGUCCUCUGGAUAUGGAACAAACACUCCCAGCUCCACGGUCUCGUCCUCCUGUUCAUCUCAGGAGAAGCUGCACCAGUUGCCCUUCCAGCCGACGCCCGACGAGCUGCACUUCCUCACCAAGCACUUCAGCUCCGAGAGCAUCACGGACGAGGAGGGACGCCGCUCCCCCGCCAUGAGACCGCGCUCCCGCAGCCUCAGUCCCGGCCGCUCGCCCGUCUCCUUCGACCACGAGAUCAUGAUGAUGAACCACGUGUACAAGGAGCGUUUCCCCAAGGCGACGGCUCAGAUGGAGGAGCGUCUGGCCGAGCUGCUCUCGUCCUCGGCCCCGGACAAGGUUUGCCCGCUGGCCGACGGCGUGCUGAGCUUCAUCCACCAUCAGCUGAUCGAGCUGUCCAGAGACUGCCUGGAGAAAAGCCGCGAGGACCUCAUCACCUCCCGCUACUUCUACGAGCUGCAGGAGAACCUGGAGAAGCUGCUGCAAGACGCUCACGAGCGCUCGGAGAGCGUCGAGGUCACGUUCGUCACGCAGCUCGUCAAGAAGCUGAUGAUCAUCAUCGCUCGGCCGGCUCGUCUGCUCGAGUGUCUGGAGUUUGACCCUGAGGAGUUCUACCACUUGUUGGAAGCGGCUGAGGGUCAUGCGAAGGAAGGUCAGGGCAUCAAGUCUGACAUCCCCCGAUACAUCAUCAGCCAGCUGGGCCUGACCCGGGACCCUCUGGAGGAAAUGACGCAGCUGAGCAGCUACGACAGCGGGAACCCAGAGACCCCAGAGACGGACGAUUCGACCGAUAGUCGAGGAACCACAGUCCCUGCAGCCCCCCCCCAGCCUAAAACCAAAGCCCCCCGAGAGGAAGACUUUGAAAACAUCAAGCUCAUCAGUAACGGAGCAUACGGCGCCGUGUUCCUCGUGCGCCACAAAGAAACCCGGCAGCGAUUCGCCAUGAAGAAGAUCAACAAGCAGAACCUGAUCCUGAGGAACCAGAUCCAGCAGGCCUUCGUGGAGCGGGACAUCCUGACGUUUGCCGAGAACCCGUUCGUGGUGUCCAUGUUCUGCUCCUUCGAGACCCGGAGGCACCUGUGCAUGGUGAUGGAGUACGUGGAGGGAGGAGACUGCGCGACGCUGCUGAAGAACAUCGGAGCUCUGCCCGUGGACAUGGCUCGUAUGUACUUCGCCGAGACCGUCCUCGCUUUAGAGUAUCUGCACAACUACGGCAUCGUCCACAGAGACCUCAAACCUGACAAUCUCCUCAUCACAUCCAUGGGACACAUCAAACUCACCGACUUCGGCCUCUCCAAGAUCGGUUUGAUGAGUCUGACCACGAAUCUGUACGAAGGCCACAUCGAGAAAGACACCAGAGAGUUCCUGGAUAAGCAGGUGUGCGGCACUCCGGAGUACAUCGCCCCAGAGGUGAUCCUCCGCCAGGGCUACGGGAAGCCGGUGGACUGGUGGGCCAUGGGCGUCAUCCUGUACGAGUUCCUGGUCGGCUGCGCUCCGUUCUUCGGGGACACGCCGGAGGAACUGUUCGGUCAAGUCAUCAGCGAUGAGAUCAUCUGGCCGGAGGAGGACGAAGCUCUGCCUCAGGAAGCUCAGGACCUCAUCACCAAGCUGCUGAGACAAAAUCCUCUGGAGAGACUGGGAACAGGCAGCGCCUUCGAGGUGAAGCAGCACCCGUUCUUCACAGAGCUGGACUGGAACAGCCUCCUGAGGCAAAAAGCCGAGUUCAUCCCUCAGCUGGAGUCCGAGGACGACACCAGCUACUUUGACACUCGCUCCGACCGCUACCACCACGUGGACUCGGAGGACGAGGACGACACCAACGACGAGGAACACGUGGAGAUACGACAGUUCUCCUCCUGCUCGCCUCGAUUCAGCAAGGUCUACAGCAGCAUGGAGCGUCUGUCUCUGCACGAGGAGAAGAGGACGCCUCCUCCCACGAAGCGCAGCCUCAGCGAGGAGGGAGGAGAUCGCCUGGACAGCCUGAGCGGACUGAAGUCCAGAGACCGGUCCUGGCUGGUGGGGUCUCCAGAGAUACUCCGGAAGCGUCUCUCAGUGUCCGAGUCGUCCCACACGGAGAGCGACUCCAGCCCCCCGCUGACGGUGAGGAGGCGCUGCUGCUCCGCCAUCAUCGAGAUGCCGCGCUUCGCCAUCUCCUCGGAGGAGGAAGGAGGCCAGGGACCAGGUGGAGCCGGGAGCCGUAAGAGUCCCAGUCUCCUGGGCCCGGGUGCAGUGAGGGGUCCACGAAGCGACGAGCUCCCGCUCGCCAUCCCAGAGCUCCCGGUGGAGCGAGAGCUGAAGCUGGACGAGUCCCCCACCACCCCGAGCUCCACGUCCAGCCAGACCAGCAAGGCCACGCUCACACCCGGCAGCUCUGGAGACGUGAGCGGUCCCUCCGACUCUCGGUCGACUCCUAAAGCCAUCAGUGACCUGGCGGCUCGACGCGCUCGACACCGUCUAAUGUCUGGAGACGCAGACAAACACUCCACCCCGAGCUCCAGACCCCUCAACAAGGUCAUCAAGUCGGCCUCAGCCACCACCCUGUCUCUCAUGAUCCCCUCAGACCACCACGGAGCGUCCCCCCUGGCCAGCCCCAUGUCCCCUCACUCGCUGUCGUCCAACCCGUCGUCUCGGGACUCGUCUCCGAGCCGGGACCUGUCUCCGGCCGUGACCAACGUCAAACCGGCCAUCGUCAUCCACAGGGCGGGGAAGAAGUACGGCUUCACCCUGAGGGCCAUCCGGGUCUACAUGGGGGACUCGGACAUCUACACCGUGCACCACAUGGUCUGGCAUGUGGAGGAGGGGGGGCCGGCCCACGAAGCAGGACUCAGGGAGGGAGACCUGAUCACUCACGUCAACGGGGAACCGGUCCACGGUCUGGUUCACACCGAGGUGGUGGAGCUCGUCCUCAAGAGCGGAGCCAAAGUGUCCAUCUCUGCCACCCCGUUUGAAAACACGUCCAUCAAAGUCGGUCCCGCCCGCAAGACGACCCACAAAGCCAAGAUGGCGCGACGCAACAAGAAGACCAAGACCAAGGAGGGGCAGGACAGCACUAAGAAGAAGACGUCUCUGUUCAGGAAGAUCACCAAGCAGGCGUCUCUGCUCCACACCAGCCGGAGCCUCUCCUCCCUCAACCGCUCCCUGUCUUCAGGGGAGAGCGGCCCCGGCUCCCCCACCCACAACCUGUCCCCCCGGAGCCCCACCCAGGGCUACAGGUCCACGCCAGACUCCGCCCACUCAGUGGGAGGAAACUCGUCCCAGAGCAGCUCCCCCAGCUCCAGCGUCCCAAACUCCCCGGCGAGCUCGGGCCACAUCCGGCCCAGCUCCCUGCACGGCCUGGCCCCCAAGCUCCAGCGCCAGUACCGCUCGCCCCGGCGCAAGUCAGCCGGCAACAUCCCCCUCUCGCCGCUGGCCCGCACGCCCUCCCCCACCCCGCAGAGCAGCUCCCCCCAGCGCUCGCCCUCGCCGCUGCCCGGCCACGCCCUGGGCCAGGCGGCGGCCGUGGGCCAGUCCUUCCCCGUGAAGCUCCACUCCUCCCCUCCCCUGGUGAGGCAGAUAUCCCGGCCCAAGAGCGCCGAGCCGCCGCGGUCGCCCCUCCUCAAGAGGGUGCAGUCGGCCGAGAAGCUCGCCUCCUCCCUCUCCAACGCCCCCUCCUCUCCGUCCGGGGCGGCGGCGGCGGCGGCGGAGAAGAAGAUGGCGGCGGGCGCCGGCGUCGGAAGCCGCAAACACAGUCUGGACAUCUCACAUUCGGACUUCAAGAAGGAGAUUCUGCAGAGGGAGCCGAGCUUACAGAGCCUCCAGGAGUCGGCCAGUGAGGGUCUGCUGUCCUCAGCAGGACGAGGGGUGGAGAAGGGCAGCCUGCAGAAGCCUUCUUCCUCCUCGUCCUCCUCCACCUCCUCCUCCUCCACCCCCUCCUCCUCCUCCUCCUCCAGGAAGUUGGGGCGUCAGGAAGGGGACGGGGCCGGGGCCCUGGGGUCGGUGUCCGGCUCGCUGGGUCUGGCCCCCGGGAAGAGCAAACUGAAGGACAAGCUGUCUGCGAUCCGCCAGGACCGGGCCGAGCGCAGGGAGUCGCUGCAGAAGCAGGACGCCAUCCACGAGGUGGACUCAUCCGAGGACGAGACGGACGAGGGGUCCGAGGACAGCCAGGACGGACGCAGGGGGGGGGCCACCUUCACCCCGCCCCCGCUGCUCAGACCCACCACUGUGAGGACGGGGCCCGGCGGCACCCUCCCGUCCCUCUGCCUGUCCCCCUGCACGCCCCACGCCACCUUCAGCCACACGGGCCCCCCCCAGGUCGGCCGGCCCACCCCCUCCCACCCUCCGCCCUCUGUGGCGGAGACGAAGCCGGGGCAGAGCCCCCCCAUGGCGGGAGAGAAAGCCGGGAGCUCGGCCCCCUCCCUGGAGCAGAGGAAGGCUCCUGAGGCUCCUCUCCCGUUCUCCACUCCGGGCAGCGCCUUCAUCUCAGUCAGCAAAGACACCUUCCUCAAGCCGACCCCCCCCCCGGACCUAAAGAGCCCCAAAGCCAGGACGGCGCCGUCGGAGCCCAGAGGAGAGGCCCCCACCUCGGACGCCCCCAGCAGAAGCACCGCCCCCUCUACGGAGACCCCCACCACCACCACCACCACCACGAGUUCUCCCGAGUGUAGAACCACCUCAGCUACAUCCGAGUCCAGCGCCGACGCCCCCCGCACCUCCUGCUCCUCCCCGGGCAUCCCCAAGCAAAAGAAGGAGGCCGACAACCGGAGGACGGCCGCCAGUCUGAGCGCCUCCUCCUCCUCCUCGUCCAGGUCCAGCUCCCCGGCCCCCCCCACCGAGUCCGGCGUGGACAGGGUCGUGUCCCAGCUGGCGACGGUGGCUAAGAGCGUCCUGGGUCCCGUCAAACUCAGCACCAAGGACCAGAAAGCGUCCGCACCCUCCGACCCCCUGAGCCUCCUCGCAACCCCUCAGUCGCCCCAGGUGUCCCCCACCAGGCAGAAAACUGAGCACACCGCUCCCCCCGCCCCCUCCCAAAGACCAACCAAGCCCCCCAUCCAGAAAGACUCUGCAGCAGCAGCAGCAGCAGCAUCAUCCUGCAAAGACGUCUCAGAACGGCCCCCGUCAGCCGCCCCCCCAGACCGCUCUGCUCCUGCCCAGCGGCCCCCCCUCCACACGACCCCGCCCGCCACUUCAACAGCAUCUGAGCCACAGCGUAAGGUAACGACGGCCGCCUCCACCACCACCACCACCACCACCACGUCUGCCCCCUCCCAACCAGACAAAGCGUCCAGGAAGACGACGUAGCAGCGAAGCUGCAGGAUGAAAAACGCUCGGUGGUUUUUAAAAGUCACACAAACUGCAUGUUUGGAAGAAAAGAUAUAAAGACUAUGAGUUGAUUUCACACUAAUCAGAUGGUGGAAGCCCCCCCCCCCCCCUCGACGUUCUGGUUCCUGCUUUUAGAUGAAAUGAGGCCACGAGGAGUUUGUUUCUCUCUCUGAAAACAUGCGCGGGGCAAGAAAUAGAAGAAGCUCACGUCCACGCAGACACGACUGGAAGACGAUCACAUCUCAGCAAUAAAUGCAUCAGCCGCGAGCUAACGAAGCUAACGAGGCUAACGAAGCUAACGAGGCUAACGGGGCUAAACUCAGUCCUUCUUCUUCUUCUCACCCCAGAUUAUCAGACUUGUACCAAACGCCUCGGUGAUGUUUACCGCUCCACAAAUCUCUGAAACUAAAACAACCAAAGUUUGACCAUAAAAAGACGUUUUUUUUUUUUUUGUUUUUUUUUAGCAGACGGCUGAGUCGUCUUCUCUCCGCUCUGCUCGGCUUCUUGGACGUAUUUGUCAGGGUUUGAGUUUCUCCGCGAGGCCACGGAUCUGAACCUGGUUCACUUUUUCUAUUUCUGCCCCGUGGAGCUCUGAGGGCGGCAGGACUUUUAUUCUUCGGUGUCUGGACCAACUUGCUGUGUCUUUGCCUCUGAUCCUGUAAAGUUUCGUUGUACGUGUGUGUGUGUGUGUGUGAGGGUGAGUGUGUGUGUGUGUGUGUGUGUGUGUCUGUGCAUGGUUUAUCUGUGUGUGUAUAUAUAUAUAAGAAUAUUUAAAGUUCUGUUUGUGCAUCUGUUUUAUACCCCGAGUGUGUGUUUGCGUGUUUUAGGGCCGAGCGUUACAGUUCUAGUCACGUUUUUCUAGUUUCAGGUCCAGAAACAAAAAGUCCCAUCGAGUCCGAACCACACGACCGUGGAGAAUCUCUCUGUUUACAUUUAGUUUGUGUAGUUUUUUUUGUUCCAGCGCGUCCGGGCGUGACCUCUGACCAGAAUGUCGUGUGUUCGUAUUUUAGUCGUGUGAUGACGAGGUCGCCUGCGAUGGACGACGACUGAUCCGCUCAGACUCGUCUCUGCGCUCACACUUGAACAGAAUCUUUUUUUUUUUUUAUUAUCAUUAUUAUUUUUUUAGUUUUUGUCGUAGAUAAUCCGACCACGUUGGAUGUUUUUCACACAGGCAACUCAAAAAAAAAAAAAAAAAAGAAAUGUUGCAGAGAAAUGCAGCUCGGAACAAAAAGAAAAGGAAUCAGAUUUCAGAGUGAACCGGGACAGAUUUGUGAGCAGCACAUUUAUACCCGUAUGUAAAUCUACAUGUAAAUAAAUCAAAGCGACUCUGGAUUCAGAUUUGAUUCAGAUUCGUUAAAACAGAUCCGCACUCUUUCACUGAUGCUUAAAGAAACAGUCAAAUCUAAACCUAAAUGGAACAUUUCACGGUUUCAUGAUCCACUUUCUUCGUGAUUUGUAUGAAUACUUGAUUCAGUUUGAACCACGUGAGUCUCUGAAACGUUCUCCUCCAUCAUCUCAGUCUGAACUAAGAACGCGUCAGUUUGCUGCACAGACUCGUAUCAUAUUCACUUCUAAUGCAGCAGAACCACUUCCACUGAUGAUUCAUCGCCUCCCUCUGGCUCCUCCCUCUGGCUCCUCCCUCUGGCUCCUCCCUCUGGCUCCUCCCUCCGUCUCCAUGGUCACGGUUUAUCUGACCUCCAGCUCUGAAGACCAGGACCAACAAACCAGUUCAUCAAACCACCUCCACAACAAAUGUUUUCGCUUUUUCUGCAAAAAACUAAGACGCUAAAAGUGAAACAUUCAUGCAACAGUUUCACCCAAAUAGUUUUUUAAAAAAAAACAUUUGUGCAGCGUUUGAUUUAUGCAACAAAUCUGUCCCCGCGUUCCCUCCGUCCCAUCGUCUCCACUGAAUCUGGACCGAGACCUCGCGUUGGACGAGGAGCCUUAUCACCACUGAGUCUGAACCACCGCUUGUUUCCAUGUGCAGUCGGUCCGUUAACCUCGUAUCUGUGUGUGAGCGGCAGCAAAGACGACGGCAGUAUUUCCAAACUGUGUGUGUGUGUGUGUGUGUGUGUGUGUUUGUUUUUUAAGAGCGACUAAAAGGAGGAGGAGGAGGAGGAGGAGGAGGAGGAAGAGUCGACUGCACCGUAAAAGCUUGAGAAAGGGUUUAAGAGACAGAAAACAUCGCUAGAGUAAAACCAGUGCAAUAUCUUUUUAUUUUUUAAUGUGGUAAAAGCAUGUUGUUGUCAAUCUUACCUUACAACAAUAAUAAAGUUUUUUUUUUUUAUCUA